ACAAUUACUCUUUCACAAAAUAAUCGAAAAAUCCUUGCUAUCGAUUUUUUUGAUUGUUACAGUGAAUGGCAAUUGAAGAAGAAGAAACCCAAAAAUGAAUUUGGAAUUGCUAGAGUCCUUCGGCCAAAACUACCCCGAGGAGUUCGAUGGCUCCCUGGAUUGCAUAUCCCUGGCCGUGACCUGCGCCUUCAACAAAUACGGCACUUUGUUGGCCGUAGGCUGCAACGAUGGCCGGAUUGUUAUUUGGGAUUUCCUAACGCGCGGCAUUGCCAAAAUAAUAUCAGCACAUGUUCAUCCUGUCUGCAGUCUCAGUUGGACGAGAAAUGGCCAUAAGCUACUUUCGGCAUCAACAGACAAUAAUGUUUGCAUUUGGGAUGUGCUGACCGGCGAACUGGAGCAUAAAUAUCGCUUUCCCUCACCGGUACUCAAGGUGCAAUUUGAUCCACGCAACGAUACUAGACUGUUGGUCUGUCCUAUGCGUUAUGCCGCCGUGCUGGUCAAAAUUGGCGGCUCACAUCGAUGUCUUCCCCUGGAUUCUGAUGGAGAUCUCAAUAUAGUGGCGUCAUUUGAUCGGCGUGGCAAACACAUUUACACUGGCAAUGCCAAGGGCAAGAUUCUAGUGCUGGACGUGGAGACAUUUGAAGUGGUUGCCAGUUUUCGCAUUAUCGUUGGCACUUCAAGUGCAACGGCAGUCAAAAGCAUUGAAUUUGCCAGGCGAGGAGAUGCCUUCCUUAUAAAUACCUCCGAUCGUGUGAUCCGCGUCUAUGACUCAAAGGAGAUCAUUGCGCUUGGCAAGGAUGGUGAGCCGGAGCCCAUACAAAAGUUGCAGGAUUUGGUCAACAAAACAACGUGGAAAAAAUGCUGUUUCUCUGGAGACGGAGAAUACAUUUGUGCAGGCAGCGCACGGCAACAUGCGCUCUACAUUUGGGAAAAAUCCAUUGGCAAUCUUGUCAAGAUUCUGCACGGUACAAAGGGAGAGCUGCUGCUAGAUGUUGUCUGGCAUCCGGUGCGUCCUAUUAUAGCCAGUAUUAGUUCAGGCUUGGUUUCGAUUUGGGCACAAAAUCAAGUGGAAAACUGGUCGGCAUUUGCGCCCGACUUCAAAGAGCUGGACGAGAAUGUGGAAUACGAGGAGCGUGAAUCUGAAUUUGAUAUUGCGGAUGAAGACAAAUCAGUGGACUUGAAUGCCGAUGCGCAACAGGACGAGGAGAUCGAAGUUGAUGUACAAAAAGUGGAACCCGUAGCAGCAUUUUGCUCUUCUGACGAGGAGGGCGAAGAUGAGAAUGCUUUGCAAUUCUUACCCAUGGCACCAGAGGUGGAAGAUCCCGAGGAUUGGUCGGCGCAAGAUAAUCUCGAGCCCAAUGCAAAUUUGUUGGGCAACGAGUCGCGUGAUUAUGAAGAUGAUAUUAUGGCCACCAAGCGAAGACGCUUGCAGCACUAUGAUGUCAGUUUGCCUGACGCGCCCACCGAUGAAACUCACCCGCUCAUCUCUAGCAAAGCCAGCAAAGACAAACAACAGCCAAUUGGUGGCAAAAAGGCAGCGGGCCGAGCCAAGAAAUGAGCUUGGCUAGCUGGCGUCGCUUCAAUUAUUUUUAUUAAUUACAAUUUA